AUGGCGAGGGAGUGUCUCUGCCGAAGUUCGGGUGUUGGGGAAAUCCUCCGGCACGGUGGCGUUGGGACGGCGGUGGUCAAGGGAUGGGGUGGGGCUCCGGUGGCCUGUGAUGGUGCUGCAGGAGUAGAGUAUGUGGCUGCGAGCAGCCCCUAUUCUCCGGUUCUGUUGCGACUUGGCCGGAGUCCGACGCCCCUGCGCAGUCUAGUGGUGUUAGGUGCGCUUGGGGUGUGCCGGUUAGGGGAGGCUCAACAGCCUGUACCCUCGGUUGGCGGCAAUUCGUCUCGUGGUUUGGUUCGGGGGCGGGGGUUCGGUUUCUGUAUAGGCUUAAUUGCAGUUUCGGGAGCUGUUCCUUGGCUAGGGGCCGAACUGUGA